GGUGGAUUUAGGUUAGGCACAAACCUCCUCACUCAAACGGGCAAACUUAACUCUUGCACUUGGUUCGAAUUAGAGAGCUGCAUAUCAAGAUCCCGAAGGCUCAGACUCGGCUGCGGUUGGUCAAAUGAUGUUGAGCGCAACAAAAUCCUCUGACCUCGCAAAGUUUAGAACGAUCAGGAGCCCAAUGCAAGUUUUCGCUCCUCGGAGGUGAAAGGAAAGCAGAAAGGAGGAAAAAAAAAAGAUGGAUUACCUUAUUCGCUUUUCUCAGUCUCACGAGACUUUCCGUCUCCCCGAGAUGCAAGCGCUGGCGCUCAUCGAGGGCAUUGACAUGAAAGUCAUUUCAUACAGUCUCGAAUCCCCCUUCUGCGUCGUUUGCUUGCCCUCAGAAGCGGCUGCGCGUCGCCUGAUCCGGCGCUCCAUUCUCGCCAUGUCGAUCCACGAGCUCUGGGGCUCCGGCGCGGACUUGGCCGCCGUUCACGCCUCGGUACGCCGGACGACGCAGCCGCUCUGGUCCAAGUACCUGACCUGCUCCUUCAAGUUCACCAUCGACUCGUACCAGGGCUCGCGCAGCGCCGACGACAAGGUACGCAUCAUCAACUCCUUUGCCUACCUCGGCUUUGAGGGCCCCAUCCGGAUGCGUAAUCCGGACGAGGAGUUCAUCCUCUUCGAGGACUGGGAGUUCAACUCGACCCCACUGGGCAUCCCGGACCCCAAGUAUUACUAUUUUGGGCGCUACCUGGCGUCCGGGGCGAGGGACCUGCCCAAGAAGCUGGACCUCAAGAAGAGGAGAUACAUCAGCACCACCUCCAUGGACGCCGAGCUGGCCCUGGUGACGGCCAACAUUGCGCUCGCCGCCCCGGGGAAGAUCAUGUAUGAUCCAUUUGUGGGCACGGGCAGCUUCCCGAUCGCCUGCGCCCAGUUCGGCGCCCUGACAUUCGGGAGCGACAUCGACGGGCGGAGCAUCCGAGGCGACGAGAAGAAGAGGACGCUCAAGGCCAAUUUCGAGCAGUAUGGCCUGCUCGCAGGGCUGGGCGGCAUGUUCACGGCCGACCUGACCAACACGCCGAUCAGGAGAGCCGAGUUGCGGUACGAUGGGGACGGGGUGACCGGAAGGCUCUUUGACGGCAUCGUGUGUGACCCGCCCUAUGGAGUGAGGGAAGGGUUGAAGGUUCUCGGCGUGCGCGACCCGGAGAAGUGCCCGUGGGUAAUAACCAAGGGGAGGGAGAUGUACAAAAACCCCGACUUCAUCCCUCCCAGGAAACCCUACAGCUUUCUCGCCAUGCUGGAUGGGAUCUUGCAGUUCUCUGCCCAGACACUGGUCGACAACGGCCGGCUAUCGUUCUGGAUGCCAACUGCCAACGACGAAGAUCAGGAGAUACCUGUACCAACACACCCUUAUCUCGAGAUCGUUGCUGUUUGCACACAAACCUUCAACAAAUGGUCCCGGCGUCUGAUAACAUACCGGCGAAUUCCCGACGCAGAAGUCGAUCAAGAGGCAAUGAAGGCACGAGAGGAGAUGAAGCCAGUGGGAAAAACGGCCGAUGAGCUGAAUCCGUUCCGCAAGGCUUACUUCAACGGAUUUGAACCGGUCGAAGGAGCAUCUAACGAUGCCUCUUAGAUACCCAACCAAAACCCCCCCCCCAAAAAAAAACCAAAAAAAGAGAAAAAAAAUACAUAUAGAACCCGUUGCGCAUCUGAUCUGCGAGGUGUACAAUCCACCGCUAACAUUAGCAGCCCAUCGAGACCCUGCCAACCGGCCGGCGUCGCCUCGUGAUUAUGCUCCUGUUCUCCCGCCCCAGUGAUG